AUGGAUUUUAGUCGAUUUUCUGAGAUUGCUGAGCGUGAUCUUUCAAUUAAGUGUCCAAGAACACUUGGUGUUACAUUUGCUCAGAUUGGAUCUACUGUUUCUAUUGUUACAAACACUCAACUUCGAAAAUUCGGUUUCAGUUCUUUAAUUAAAACACCAAUUGGCGUUAUUGACUGCAAAGUACCACAAGGGAAGAACGAAUUUAACUUAAAGAUAUUUGAUUCAACAGAUUUCAACCAAUAUUCGUUUUAUAUUUCACCCUUGUUAGCAGAAGACUAUUCAUUUAGUGUAGCACGCAAAUUAGGACCAGUAAAAGCCUCUGUUAACUUUGAUUCUAAGACAAAACAAACAAACGGAAUUAUUGGAAUCGAAAAUACAUCAAAUGGUGCAACAUUUCUUGUCCAAGGACACUAUGACACGAUAUUUGAUAGAAAGAAGCUCUCACCACGCAUGUUUGAUGAGUUUCUCUUUAAAGUACAUCAUAACGAUGAAUAUGGAUUUGCAUUUCGCUAUCAAAACAUACAAGAACUUCUAGAAUACUCAGGUAUAUACUCAUUCGGAAAUAUUUCUCUUGGAAUCGUUACAGCGCACCAAUUAAAACCUUCAAGGAAAUCUAUUAAGUUUAACGGCUAUCCAACAAAUCUACGAUUCCUCACAAUGGGAGAUUUCAAAGCUGCGAACAUGAAAUUUGCUGUUUUAUCAGACGUUUUUCCAAAUCUUUCGUUUUCAAUUCGUGGUGAGAAAGAAUUACCAAAUCCAGUUGUUUCUACGAGAUUGUCAUUCCUUGCAGACUUCACACAGCAAGAAGAUGGUGAAUUCGGCGUAAAUCUUGCUGGAUGUGCAAAUCUCAAGUCAGAAAGGUGGGGAAAUCUUGCUUUUAAAGCUGAUACAACAGGAUCUAUCGUUUGCUGUGCUGAUCCUUCUAUUUUUGAAAAUACUUUGUUAGGCCACGCUUCAAUUUCGUUUGUUCCUAAUAGAAAAGGACUUUAUCAGACUUCUUACUCAUUCAAUAUUACAUGCUUCAGCGGACUUGACCAUAAAGCUGGCUCUUUCUUCGAUACAGUUUCAGAUUACUUUUCUGUCAUUAAAUCUCACUUCCAAGUUCAACCACAGCAGCCACAGAAAUUCAGUUUCUUCAGAAAAUCUCAUUUGUAA